ACUGCGUAGUCAGUGGUUUUUCGCGCUCAACCGAGCUUUUUCUGUUUUUCGACCGAUUUUGAGGAUGCUGGCUUGUCACUUCUUAUCGUUUAUCAGGUGUGUGUUAUCAAGCGUAGUGUUGAAUUGUCAGCUUCUUGUGCGGUAAGACAAGAUGUUGUGGCUGUUCAUCCCAUUGGGCCUCCUUUUGGCUAACAGCUAACUGGAAGAUUCGUUCGCAUACGUCAUGAUACGCGGAUUGGGGGAUUCUCUGGCGCCUGCAUAGUUUGACUGGGAGCGAAAUUGUCGAAAGUUGUUGCAUCUUCCAGUGCAAAUUAAGAUUUAAGAACGUCAAAUUUCGUUGGUCUUACUUUACGGAUAUCUCUGGAAUGAAGCCAAACCCUGGCGAAACAGCGUCUCGGGCACGUGAUCCAUUGGAGGCUUCUCCCAACAAAUGUGACAAAAAGGCGGACCGGUCCUCCAGCGAUAAGGACAGCGUCAGCUGCGGCGUGGAAUAUGAAGUGGAAUCGAUUGUCGAUCAUCGGGUGGGAAAUGAUGGAGAGUGGGUAUUUCGCGUGAAAUGGCUUCACUGGCCGGAGGAGUCCAAUACGGACGAGCCACUGCAGCAUUUAGCAGGCUCGUCGGAAGUGCUGAGCGAAUAUUUGCGCAGACAUGAACUGGAACUGAAAACGGAUAAAAAGACCAAUCUGCUCUCUGUAGUAAAAUCAGCAACGUCUGCUGAAAAGAAGAAGGAUGCGCCGAUGCUGCCAAAAAUUGUGCCAUUAGCAGAAUCCAAGUUACAGAGUGGAGACAAAGCGACAAAGAGCGAUGAUGUGGGACAGGCCAAUAAGAAAAAAAAUCCGCCGUCGCUACCAAAAACUUUAGCAUCGAAGGAGCUGAAGGCAAAACCUGGCGAUAAAGCUAAGAAGAGCGGGGAUGGGAAAAUCCAGUCGGUCGCGUCGGCAGUUAGCACUCCCGUCCUGAGUAAGGGGAUUCCCUUACAGCGAUUUAACAAAAACGAGUUUCUCAAGCCGACGUCCAACAAUACGAAAAAAACAUCCCCGUCUCCGAGGGCGACAAAGAAGCCGGCUUCUCCAAAGAAAAACGGGAAGGAUCUACCGUCACCCAAAGCAGUGAACGUAAUCUCACUAGCAGCACCCAGUUUUCAACGAAAAAUAAUCCCCUUGCGUAGAGAAUCGACUUCCGUCAGUUUAUCUCCGACUCCACCACCGGUUGCUGUUCAAAAGGAUAGCAAAGUGACGAACGUGCAGCUUAUCCGAUCCAAAGCCCCAGCUAAAACGACUAAGCGCACCACCACAGCUGUUAGCAACGACAGCGAUGACGAGUUCGAUGAAUACACCAUAGAGGAUCCAGUGUUACUGAAACGGGAAUGCGGUCUAGCACUGGGCCUAACUGCUGAGAAGAUCCUGGGCGUUGCCGAUCUAGCGGAGAAACCGUUACGCUACAUCGUCAAAUGGGAGGGCACUAAUAUUCUGGAACCUGUACCAGGAAAGGACUUGCUAGAGGAAGACCCGCAAAUGCUGAUGGACUACUUUGAAUCGCGCCUGAUUGACAAGAGUCUUUGUCCGCCAGGGAUCAAGCGUUCUAAGCGGUAGAAAAUGCUGCUAGUGUGUUUGCUCAGUUUUUUUGUAUAGGUUUUUGAAUCUUCUUUGUUUUUUGUUAUUCGUUUUAAUGAGUCUAGAAUCUGGAUGCUUUGGAGUUGUUCUCCAGUUGAUCCGUUAUCGCGUUGUGCAUGCCCUUCAAUGAUGAUUUUACCUCCGACGUUUUAGUUCUAUAAUUUUGUUCUUAUGCAAUACUUUCGCAAUGCAAAGUGCAACAAUAAUGUUUAGCAGUUAAUGUUCGUUGAUCGCCUUCGUGCGAUGAAUUCCGGAUCCUUUGAUCCUAAUAUUGUACGGACCAGUAGAUCUUAUGUUUGACAUGUUGUUGAUGGUUUAUUGCUAAUGCUGACAUCAGGUUUGAAUAAA